UCGAAAUUCGAAAUUCGCAGUUGAAAGAGACAACGAAACGAUGCCAAAAACAUUUCACAAACCUCGCUCGUGUUUAAACUCCAAGUCUAUAUUGAAAAUUUGCCCCCUUGAUGGCCGAGAGGGGUUGUAGUGCUCAACUUUCCUCAAACAAAAUCACCAAAAUAUUCGAGCGCUGCAAUCCCUGUCGGCCAUCAAGGGGAUAGAUACCAGUACGUGUAUAUAUAUAUAUAUUGGUUGCUACGCCAUUCUCUACAUUCAAUAGUCCCUUCGCAUCUUCCGUAUCCUCCAACAGCACGAACAAGAUGAGCCAGCCUAGUCUCAGUUCUCUCGAUGAUUUCGAGUCCAUUUCCGAGUAUAUCGACACCCAAACCGGAAGUGUCCGAUACCCAACCUGCGAGCUUUUUCAUGAUGGUUAUGAGUACUUCGGCCAGAUCUUCAAGCCAAAACAUUCCAUCAAACUUCCAGAAUACAGCGAGGCGUUGAGAAUGGUCCUCGACGAAGAGAUAUACUUAGAGAUUCUACGCAACUUGUCCAUCUACACGCUGGUCGAAGACACUCCCCAUCUAGGAGCCAUUCUUCAUAAUGAAGGCCAGAUUAUACAACAAAUAAGCAAAGUGCCACACCCAAACAUUAUCGGCUAUCACAGCGUCCAGCAUGGGGGAAAGAUCGAGAUUUGGAAAUUUAUGACGCCAUUGGCAUCUACAGUUAUCUACCUACACCCUCUCAAUCUCGCCCACAAUGACUUCAACCCGGAGAACAUUACGGUCGACGACGACGUAGCCCAGCCAGGACAGCGGGUUAUAUCUGCCGGUACCCCGGGGUGGGCCUUUGAGGAGUUCACGCAUUCUAGCAAGCAACACGAUAAGUUCGCCCUCGGGGCGUUGUUGCUGUGGUUGCAAGGUUCGACUUAG